AUGCCGGACGGUCAGCCAGGACACGGGACACGCUGGAGGGUCAGCCGGGACAUGGGACACACCAGACGGUCACGCCAGACGGUCAGCCAGGACACGGGACACGCCGGAGGGUCAGCCGGGACACGGGACACGCUGGAUGGUCAGCCAGGGCCUGGGACACGCCGGACGGUCAGCCGGGGCCUGCGACACGCCGGAGGGUCAGCCGGGGCCCGGGACACGCCGGACGCUCGGCGUUGCUACACGUCUUCUCGGCCACUCAUGUUGGAGCAUCUGAGUUCUCUCCCCACUCAGAUGGGUCCCCAGGGCCUGGAGCGAGCUGAGCAGAUGCUGUGGGCCCUUCUCCCCUCCACAGGCCUGGUGAAGCUGGGGAUUCACUGUGUCACAUGCCAAAAGGUCGCCAUCAAAAUCGUCAACCGGGAGAAGCUCAGCGAAUCUGUGCUGAUGAAGGUGGAGCGAGAAAUAGCCAUCCUGAAGCUCAUAGAGCACCCGCACGUCCUAAAGCUGCACGACGUUUAUGAAAAUAAAAAAUAUUUAUACCUGGUGCUAGAACAUGUGUCUGGUGGGGAGCUGUUCGACUACCUUGUGAAAAAGGGGAGGCUAACCCCUAAAGAAGCCCGCAAGUUCUUCCGUCAGAUCAUCUCAGCACUAGACUUCUGUCACAGUCACUCCAUAUGCCACAGGGACCUGAAACCAGAAAACCUUCUCCUGGACGAGAAGAACAACAUCCGCAUCGCCGACUUCGGCAUGGCGUCGCUGCAGGUUGGCGACAGCCUGCUGGAGACCAGCUGCGGAUCUCCGCACUAUGCCUGCCCCGAAGUGAUUCGGGGUGAGAAGUAUGACGGUCGGAAGGCAGACGUGUGGAGCUGCGGUGUGAUCCUGUUCGCCCUGCUCGUGGGGGCCUUGCCCUUUGACGACGACAACCUGCGGCAGCUGCUGGAGAAGGUCAAGCGUGGCGUCUUCCACAUGCCCCACUUCAUCCCGCCCGACUGCCAGAGCCUGCUCCGUGGCAUGAUCGAGGUGGACGCGGCCCGGCGCCUCACGCUAGAGCACAUUCAGAAACACAUAUGGUAUAUAGGGGGCAAAAAUGAGCCAGAGCCCGAACAGCCUGUCCCUCGAAAGGUGCAGAUCCGCUCGCUGCCCAGCUUGGAGGACCUGGACCCCGACGUGCUAGACAGUAUGCACUCGCUUGGCUGUUUCCGAGACCGUAACAAGCUGCUGCAGGACCUGCUGUCUGAGGAGGAGAACCAGGAGAAGAUGAUCUACUUCCUCCUGCUGGACCGGAAGGAGCGGUACCCUAGCCACGAGGACGAGGACCUGCCCCCCAGGAAUGAAAUAGACCCUCCCCGGAAGCGCGUGGACUCCCCGAUGCUGAACCGACACGGCAAGCGGCGGCCCGAGCGGAAGUCCAUGGAGGUGCUGAGCGUGACAGAUGGCGGCUCACCCGUUCCUGCUCGGAGGGCCAUCGAGAUGGCCCAGCACGGCCAGAGGUCUCGGUCUAUCAGCGGGGCUUCCUCCGGCCUGUCCACCAGUCCACUCAGCAGCCCCCGGGUGACCCCUCACCCCUCUCCGAGGGGCAGUCCCCUCCCUACCCCCAAGGGGACGCCCGUACACACACCAAAGGAGAGCCCGGCGGGCACGCCCACACCCACGCCGCCGUCCAGCCCCAGCGUAGGGGGUGUGCCCUGGAGGACACGGCUCAACUCCAUCAAGAACAGCUUCCUCGGCUCACCACGUUUCCACCGCCGGAAACUGCAAGUCCCGACGCCAGAGGAAAUGUCCAACCUGACCCCGGAGUCGUCCCCAGAGCUGGCUAAGAAGUCAUGGUUCGGGAACUUCAUCAACCUCGAGAAGGAGGAGCAGAUCUUCGUGGUCAUCAAAGACAAGCCGCUGAGCUCCAUCAAGGCAGACAUUGUGCACGCCUUCCUCUCGAUUCCCAGCCUCAGCCACAGCGUCAUUUCCCAGACCAGCUUCCGAGCCGAGUACAAGUCUACAGGGGGCCCCGCCGUGUUCCAGAAGCCAGUCAAGUUCCAGGUGGACGUCACCUACACAGAGGGCGGCGAGGCGCAGAAGGAGAACGGCAUCUACUCGGUGACUUUCACGCUCUUGUCAGGCCCCAGCCGGCGCUUCAAAAGGGUGGUGGAGACCAUCCAGGCCCAGCUCCUAAGCACACAUGACCAGCCGUCUGUCCAGCAAUUGUCAGACAGCACGCACUGUAUGCAGAUGCUGACGGGGAGGCUUUCCAAGUGUGGCAGCCCAUUGAGUAACUUCUUUGACGUAAUUAAACAACUUUUUUCAGACGAGGAGAACGGGCAGGCUGCCCAGGCCCCCAGCACGCCCGCCAAGCGCAGUGCCCCCGGCCCGCUCGGUGACUCUGCGGCCGCUUGGCCGGGUCCCCCAGGAGAAGCCAGGCCCCCGCCGGGGGCGCUGGGCCUCGCCGCGCCCGCGCUCUCUGACCGUGUCUCUGACGCCCUCACUUGUUUCCGCUCUGAUACCAGGAAUUAUCCCGAAAAGCUAACAUGCCACCUCACGAAGCCGCCCUCUGCUCCGAGCCGGACACUUGUGACGAAGGCAGCUGCAGUGGACCCGCCUCCCUCUUCCCGCCUCCUGCCGCUGCCCACCCGGCUCCGCACGACCCACCAGCCCGGCUGGGACGCGCCAGACCCCCGCAGGACUGACCAGGAGGCCACCCUCCGGGCAGGACGCCGCGCCCCCGCUGCCACUCAUCCUGGCGCCCCCGCCAGGCCUGCACCCCCUUCUCCGCCUCGCGCCAGUGUCUGUUGGCAGCUCCUGGGUUUGACGAUCGUGGCGGAGGAAGCGGGCAGCCCCAAGCCGGGACUGCCGGGACCCCUACCCUGUGCGUGCAGGCAGCUCCGGCGGGUCUGCGGAGCCGCCUGA